AUGUCCACCACGUCACCAUCACCAUCACCAUCACCAUCACCAUCAACCUCGCCACUACCAUCACCUUUGGGGCCAUAUGUACGACUGCCGUCUUCAGAGACCCAGCUGUUAACGUCCGCAAUACAAUACCUGGACGAAUAUCGCUGGAAAGAUGCUUUCAAAACCAUCUGUGCCGCUGGACAUGCGAUGCACAGCCCACCCGCCAAGCUUCACAACCUGCACCUGCUACCACAUAUCAACCAGCUUUUUGAAGCUAUCAUGCUCCAUCACGCCUAUGGUGUUGACCACCACGUAGACCGCACCAUCAACCACAUUUUGCACCUCGCUGUCCGGACCUGUCAGGAUGCUAGAGAAGACCAACAUGACACAUAUUCUGACGAAUGCAUCAGAUGGAUGACGCCAAUCGAAGUCGAAAUAGGGCAAUACCUCCAGUUCUAUCGCAUGUUCUGUCGGUACCUCGAGAACUACUCCAUGUCUAUCGAGUCCGACCGCAUUUUGGACGAUGACGCCGCCAAGAGAUAUCCGCCAAGACAUGCAAGGAGCGGCAGCCGACAACACGCCGCGCAGGCGAUCACAACGAUUGCGCUCCCAGCACUCAACACCGGAGCCUGCCGCCUCAGACCCAAGGCAGCAAAGGAGAUCUCAACGACCUCGGCGCCGGAGGGUGUCAUCCCCACCCCAACUACCAACUCCACCCACCCAAAGCGGCGAUCUGACGUAUUCAACCUACAAGACUGA